GCAUGAUGAUGAUGUGGCGUAAUUUUGUUGUGUUGAACAGGAAUGAGAUCUAACUGGCCCAAGCAUUGUCAAGACGGGGAGCCCAGCUAGCCCAGGGGGCGGAGUGUAGCCAGACAAAGGGGUGGGGUCCAGCUAGCCCAAGGGGUGGAUUCUAGCCAGCCAAGGAGUGGAGUCUAGCCAACCAAGGGGCGGAGUCUAGCCGGCCAAGGGGCGGAUUCUAGCCAGUCAAGGAGUGGAGUCUAGCUACCCAAGAGGCGGAGUCUAGCUACCCAAGGGGCGGAGUCUAGCCAGCCAAGGAGUUGAGUGUAGCUACCCAAGAGGCGGAGUCUAGCUACCAAAGGGGCGGAGUCUAGCUACCCAAGGGGCGGAGUCUAGCUACCCAAGAGGCGGAGUCUAGCUACCCAAGGGGCGGAGUCUAGCUAGCCAAGGAGUUGAGUGUAGCUACCCAAGAGGCGGAGUUUGGCUACCCAAGGGGCGGAGUCUAGCCAGCCAAGGAGUGGAGUCUAGCCAACCAAGGGGUGGAGUCUAGCUACCAAAGGGGUGGAGUCUAGCCAGCCAAGGAGUGGAGUCUAGCCAACUAAGGGGUGGAGUCUAGCUGACCAAAUGGCAGGGUCUAGUCAUUCCUAGUGUCAGAGUCUAGCCAUUCAGGUCAGUCCAAGGGGCGGAGUCCAGCCAUCUCAAGGGGUGGAGCCUAGCCAGCCAAGGGGCGGAGCCUAGCCAGCCAAGGGGCAGACUCCAGCCAGCCAAGGGACGGAUUCUAGUCAUUCCUAGGGUCAGAGUCUUUCCAUUCAAAAGGAGUCUAGCCAGCUUGAGGGGGUGGGAUCUUGCCAGCCCAGGGGCGGAGUCUGUCACCAUGAGUAUCAUGAAGGCAUUUGUUGCGACCCUCCUUCUUGCAACAGUGUUUGUGGUCAUCUCGCUGAUUUACCUCAAUCAGAACACCAGGGGUGCUGUGUCAAGGACCAAUAGGAUAUUCCCCAAAAGCAACCCAAGCAUACAUGUACACGCAAGUCAGUCAUUGCAACCCCUCCUGCAUCCCGGUGUCAGAAUCGCUCAAGACCGACAGAAACAAGGAGAUGAGGAGGGGAUGAGGGCACUCUCACUUAAUCGCGGAGCGACAAAGACAAACCAAUCAGAGAGCAGCCUUGGCAGUAAAAAAGUUCAUAAGGAUCUUCGCGCAGGAGAAACCAACAUCACGCAACGCAAAGAGGACCCAAUCAUCGCCAGAGGCAACUCCAGUCUCGGAGUCAAAUCUCCUGAGGGCAAAGGUCAAAGUUCAACUUGUAAGGAGAAGAGAGGCAUCCUGCUGCUCAAGACGCACAAGACGGGCAGCUCUACGAUCCAGAACGUCUUGUAUCGCUUCGGCGACGUGAGGGAUCUGACAUUCGCCCUACCCAUCGUGGACGUGUACAUGGGAGCUCCGACCAAGUUUAGGCCGUCGUUUGCAAUGCGGCUGGCCACGGGGACUUACGACAUCCUGGCCAACCAUGCCCGCUUCCAUAAGGAGAAUAUGAAGAAAGCUAUGGUCCCAGGAGCCAAAUUCAUCACGAUCCUUCGUUACCCGCCCAGACAAUUUGAGAGCAUGUACAGCUUCUACAGAAUGAAGGACAAGUUCAAAGCCUCCCUUGAAGAGUUUGCUUCGUCCCCCAAGGCCAUCUACGGAAAGUACGGUCCGAAGAGCCCGAAGCACAGCGCACGGAAUCCCAUGCUGUAUGACCUGGGAAUGGAGCUGAAGGCAAUGGAUAAUGGCGUGGCGAUAGACAAAUGGAUCAAGUACCUGGGAGAGUCCUUUGAUUUGGUCUUGAUUGCCGAGCAUCUGAAGGAGUCCUUGAUUCUGCUGAAGGACACGAUGUGUUGGACGUUUGAUGACAUCACCUAUUUCACCAGCAAUGCUCGCAGCGGCAUGCUGGUUGAAACCAUCACUACCGAGACGGAGAAAAACCUCCUGGGGUGGCUCAGCGGUGACUUCAAACUCUACCAACACUUCAACACUGUGCUCUGGACCAAGAUUGAGGAGUACGGGGUGGAGCGGAUGGCUGCGGAUGUCGCAGAGCUCGAGCGGCGCAACCAGGAGCUGAAGGCUCACUGCGUGCAAGGGAAGAAGAAAGUCAGCGAAAUGAGCGGCAGGACGGUCAUCGAGAGAUACGUGCUGCGGCCAAAGGCCAAGAACGACAUGCAGUGUAAACGGAUCACCUACCCUGCCAUUGAUUACCUACAAAUCUUGAAGGCUAAGAUGAAAAUGAAACGGCCGGGGAAUGUUCAAGUUGUCAAGCCUGCUGCUGGAGCGGGCUAGGCUUUGUGCUAGCAUUGGUGAGAUAUCAGGCAUCAAUAGACUUAUCUGAUAGGUAGAAGCCAGAGGGCCCUCCCUGGAAAGUCAGUGUCGUCAUUGUAGUAGGCAAAGAUCAUAUAGAACCGAGCGCAGAACAGUAUACAAAUAUAACAUGGUUUGAGAGUGGGCAUUUGAUAUUUGCUCCCCAAGGUAUUGGAAGUUGACAAACUAGUUCCCAAGGCAAAUCUGAGGAACUAGUUUGUCAACUUCCAAUACCGCGGGGAGCUAAUAUCGUCCUUGGUGUAGUAGGCUGUCGCAUGAGUAACCUGUACCUGUUUGGUACUAAUGACAAAUUUUAAAGCUCUGUGCUACAUGUAUUUAAUAAUUAUGCAACAUAACUUUGACAAGAACUUGUUUAUAUUUUUGGUAUGUCGAUAUGCAUUUUUUAAAUAUUUAUAAGUUCAUCUGGUGCUUUCAGGAUGUGAGACUGUAUAUUUAGCUUCUCCAGUGUUUGUAUAUUUUUGUAGCCUCAGUAACCUGGCUUUGUGUGUGAUAAAGAGUUACUUUAUUUUGUUAUUUAAUUGAGCAUAAACCUGCAAAAAAGUUUUAGAAAUAAGUACACAUGAUGUAUUCAUUUCCUUGUUGACUCUGUUAAUGAACAGUUCAUGUACUUGCAGAUGGCCGUAUUUGGAGAAAGCUUUGUAUUUGUGAACCAUAGACGUUUAAAAACAAAAACCUAGACCUGACAAGCGCCUGAAUUUUCAGACUAUAAAUUUGAACAAAAUUUGUGGCGCAUUAAACGCGCAAGGGGACGGUCACAUGAUGAUGUGGGUUGUUUACGAUCACAAUGAGUGUUUACGUUUACAACAUGGUGGUUACUGGACGCAGCAUUUUGUGGUUAGAAACACAGCUAAGGU